UGCAUACAUUUUCCAAAGCAACUCCGCGUGUUUAAGUAUGCUGCACAUUCUGUGUUCGUCUGUUUGGGUGCUAUGGAAUUGAGAAUCUGAGAGUUAGGAGUGGAAACUCGGCGAAUUCGGAGGUUUGUGCCUCAAAGGCUCCAAAUUUUCUUCCUCCUCAUCUUCCAACGUUUCAAACACGGUUUCCUUCUAGUAAAUUUGCGCAAAACUUAAAUUUGGGUAAUGUCCAUCACAGUUCACAUUUGAUUGAAUUUGACGACUAUUUCGCCGAGUAACUGUUUGAUGAAAUGCCCUAACCAUGCAUUCCUCACUGCACCCUCACCUUCGCUGCUCUCUCCCCUUUUGACCCCUUCCCUCCCCCACCCUCAUUAUUCUACUUCUCCUGCUCGACCGGUUGGGUGCUCCGAUUCGCGGUUCUGAAAAUGGUGUAAGAAAAUGGUUUAUCUACAAUCUCCAUUACUCUUUCUCGUUCAAUGAAACUUGAUUGGACUCGAUGGUUACUUUUAAAAGCUAUUUGAUUUAUAGAAGAGUAGAUGGUCCUUUCAAAAUCUCCAGAUUUCGUAGCACUUGCUUUUUCUCACUAAAGGAUACAUGCUGGCAUAUAUACGGUGGCUUGAGAUAUUAUCAUUCUGGUUCAGAAUGGGGUAACAAUCAGAGAUUGAAUCCAAACGACAAGCCAAAUAGGGUGGGGCUUUUCUGGGACUUGGACAAUAAACCACCCAAUGCAAUCCCACCUUUUGAAGUUGCCAAUAAGCUGAGAAUAGCUGCAUCUUCCUUUGGGAUUGUUCGUUACAUGGUGGCUUAUGCAAAUAGCCACACUUUUAGUCAUGUUCCUCAAUCUGUACGGGAGAAAAGGAAAGAGAGGGAACUGUUCUAUCGUUUAGAGAACAAGGGUGUGAUCAAGCGAAAUGAACCGUAUCGUUGUCGGGUUUGUGGGAGAAAGUUUUAUACUAAUGACAAGCUUGUCAACCAUUUCAAGCAACUGCAUGAGCGUGAGCACGGGAAAAGGAUGAACCAGAUUGAGUCUGCCAGAGGGAACAGGAAGGUGAAGUUGGUGGCUAAGUAUUCUAUGAAAAUGGAAAAGUAUAAGAAGGCUGCAAGUGCUAUUCUCACACCCAAAGUGGGGUAUGGUUUGGCAGAUGAGCUCAAACGGGCUGGGUUUUGGGUUCAAACUGUGUUGGAUAAGCCGCAAGCUGCAGAUCGAGCAUUGCAAAGCCACAUUGUGGAUGUCAUGGAUCAUAGGCGGGUUGAGUGUGUGGUUCUUGUGUCUGAUGAUUCUGAUUUUGUUGAUGUGAUAAAGGAAGCAAGGCUGCGAUGUCUGAAGACGGUUGUCGUUGGGGAUAUUGAUGAUGGUGUCUUGAAGAGGACUGCUGAUACUGCCUUUUCCUGGGAGGAAAUUCUGAUGGGGAAGGCUAAAAAACAGGCUGUUUCGGUUGUGAAAAACUGGAAGGAUCGUGAUAUUUUGAAGAGGUUAGAGUGGACAUAUAACCCAGAUGCGGAUAAAAAUAAAUUCGAUAUGGAUGAUAUUAUAGCGGAAACAUCUGAAGAUGAUAAUAUUGAAGAUACCUCUGAUGAAGUUGAUGAUGUCUAUAAGGAUGACAGAGGUUCUUGGUGGGAAUUAGAUUCUGACAAUGAUGUCACAGAGGGACAGUUGGACAAAUUAUCCGAUUUAUCUGUUCAUAAGUGAACACUUGACCUUCUACUUGACAGAGUUUGGUCAUCGAAUAUGUGAAAUAACACUAUGUUGUAAGUUAUGAAUAGUUGUGGUAACUUUGAAAAGGAAUGUAGUAUCUACUUAUUAGUUGUCUCGUUUUCUUGCUUCACAGUCUUUAUCAGCUGGCAUUGUUUGAUUUGUUCUGCUUCCUUGUUAUGGAUGCCUAAUUUGAUAUGUUUCUUUGGAAAAACAGCUAUUUGCACUUAAAAUCAGGAAAAAGGACUUUGUAUUGUA